UGCGUGUUAAUGUGUGCGUGGUGUGCGCGCGCUUUUACUUUUGCAUGUAUCUGCGGUACGACUGCGUACAUGCCAUAAUAUCAUUUAUUUGCCAUGUCGACUUCCGGAACGCUGUCUAGUUACUACGUAGAUUCUCUGAUUCUGUCCGAAAGCGAGGAGCUCUCCGUAUCGAGGUACCCCCCCACUCCGGGGCUCCAGCACGCCAGACAGCCUGCCCCCAUCGGCGACCACAGCGAACUCGGGACUUGCAAUUUUCCAGCCAAACCGCCGGUAUUCGGUGCGUCAUGGAGCCACGUCCCGGCUCAGUUCCCAGGCGCCGUCUCCUCUGUCUAUCAUCACCACUACGGGCACCCCCAAGGCCAGGUCGUCGGAGAUACGGAUGGCCGCUAUCAGUCAUGGCUACUGGAGCCCAUGUCUGGUUCCUUGCCCGUGACCGGAUUACCGCCGAGCCACCACUACGGGAUCAAACCGGAGGGGCUGCGUGCUGACGGCGCGUUGCCGGGCUCCCACACGGCGCUUCUACUUUCCGAUUACGCCAACGGGACGGUGGCGACGGCAACACCGGCGGAAAAGGACGCGCUGAGCGGUCAGGCAGGAGACAUGAGCGUGGAGGGUGAAGAGAAACCGGGCCUCGAUCCAAAUAACCCAGUGUCCAACUGGCUCCACGCGAGUGCGACGAGAAAAAAGCGCUGUCCGUACACCAAGCACCAGAUCCUGGAGCUGGAGAAAGAAUUCCUCUUUAACACAUACCUGACCAGAGACCGUAGGUAUGAGGUGGCGAGGCUACUAAACCUCACCGAGAGACAGGUUAAAAUCUGGUUCCAGAAUCGCAGGAUGAAGAUGAAGAAGUUUAACAAAGACGGCGCACAGAAAGAUGAGUGACUGAACCGUUAUAUCGAUCUAUGGAGUUUUAAAUUUUAUUUUAUUUUUUAAUCCAUUGUCUUAUUGCUCCAUAUAACAGAAGCUUAUAUGUCUUGUAAAAAGAAAGCAUGUUGGGCUUCAGUUUGAUUACCUUAUUAUUAUUAUAUUGCACAAUUAACAGUGCCCUCUCAUUUUUUUAACGUUAAUUUUAAUUAAUACCUCGUUAAAGUCGGUCAUGUGUAUUAGUUUGCCUGGUCUUUGUGCUUAUUUGUGUGCGUGGAUGUUUUUAGCUGUGGUUGGUAGUUAUUUGUUUUCAAUUGAGCGUUUGUAAAAUGUAUAUUUUUUCUUGUUGUUUCUCCCUUAAAGCUAGUUUAAAUCCAGCUUUGGAACCGUAGCAAAACAGUCGAAGUAUUAUAAAAGUCUAAACAAGCUCUCGAAAGGCGCAUUAAAUUAUGAGAUGCUAUAACAAUUGACUACCUAGAUGUCUCUCAACUACCUACAAUAACCUAUUCCUCCUCCUCCUCCUUCCC